AUGUCACUCUAUGGGUCAUCACACUCUGACAGUUUGCGAAGUAAGAAAGAAUUAAGCAAUAAUAAACGUAGAGAUGUGUAUGAGAUGCUUUUACAAAAAAGCGUCGAUGGAAAAUUGAAAAGAGGUGUUACAGCGACGGUGGCUUCAAAAUUUUCGAUUUCAAUGCGUUCAGUUCAACGUAUUUGGAAACGAUCAAAAUUAAGUGAAAAUGCAGACGUGUCUCACAAAAAGACCGAAAAUUGUGGGCGUAAAAGAAUUGAAAUUGACUUGGAACAAUUUCGUGCCAUUCCUUUACAACAACGAACAAGUCUAGAUUCCCUAGCUUGCUCCUUAAAAAUGAAUACAAGCACAAUAUUUAACCUUUUUAAGUCGGGUGCCAUACGGCGACAUUCAAAUGCUAUAAAACCUUUUUUAAAGGAGGAAAACAUGAGAGCUCGAUUGAGAUUUUGCAUUUCAAUGCUUAACAAAAUUAGCAUUCCACAUGAUCCAAUAUUUAAGGGAAUGUACAAUAUCAUUCACAUCGAUGAAAAGUGGUUCUAUAUGACAAGAAAGACAGAGAAAUAUUACUUGCUACCAGAUGAAGAAGAUCCGAUACGAAGCUGUAAAAAUAAAAAAUUUAUUGGCAAAGUGAUGUUUUUAGCUGCCAUAGCUCGUCCAAGAUUUGAUGCACAAGGAAAUGAAAAUUUUAAUGGAAAAAUUGGUGUAUUUCCUUUUGUGACUCAAGACCCGGCUAUAAGGAAUAGUGCAAAUAGAAUAGCGGGCACUUUAGAGACAAAACCUUUAACUUCAAUCAAUAGGAAUACUAUGAGAUCAUAUUUGAUUGAAAAAGUCUUACCUGCAAUAAGAGAAAAAUGGCCAAGAGAUGAUAUUAUGGCCACUAUUUUUAUUCAUCAAGACAAUGCAAGGACACAUGUUGGUAAGAAUGAUGAAGAUUUUUGUCAAGCGGCAAGAUUAUAA